GACAAACUAGUGUAUGUAGAAACUGAUACAUCCGAUGACCAUCUAGGGCUGGAUAAAGAGUUAUAUCAGAAGAUCUGCACGUCUGUCACUGUCAUCAUUCACAAUGCUUGGCGACUCGACUUUAACCUGGCGCUCUCGUCAUUCAACACUCAUGUGCGGGGAAUGCGGAAUCUCAUAGACUUGGCACUAUCUUCUCCGCGUCAUCCAAAGCCGUGUUUCAUGUUCGCAUCUUCCAUCUCGUCUGCUCAAAGUUGGGAUAAAGCAAAAGGACCUUUCCCUGAAGAAGUGGAAUACGACGCAGGGGUCGCAGUAGGUCUUGGCUACGGCGCGAGCAAAUAUGUUUCAGAAAGGGUUCUUGUCAACAACAAGUCACCGGCAUCAUCAUUCAGAAUCGGACAAGUAUCAGGAGGACCCCCGCGAGGUGCUUGGUCCACGACAAACUGGCUACCAACCAUUGUUAAAUCAAGUGUAAGUCUAGGUGCACUUCCGGAAGCUAAAAGUAAGUCCAUCACUAUCAAGGGUAUCUAUUCGUCACAUGAGUGUUUCAGUUCAUGUCUUAGAUCCCCCCCACGCCAUAUCAAAUACUAUCCUUGAUGUAGCUUUUGCGGAAGAAGAAGCUCCCAUCGCGGU